AUGGAUAAGCAGUCUUUGGAAGCUGAAAAGAGACAAACCAGAGCUAAUGGGUCACAAAAACAUGGCAACAUGGGAGAGGUUCCACGAGCACAAAGUAAACUUGAAGUUAAGCAGACUGCAGAGGACAAGGAGAAAGAGUCUCGUCCAAAAGAGGCUAUUAGAAGUGUGGAGAAUGAGAAACGAUCCAUUCGUAAAAAGGAGGGCGGCGAAAGGAGACAAAGGAGCACCUUUGAGCAGGAAGAAAAUGAAAAGAAGCUUAAAGCAGCUCUUGAACAAAUGGAAAAUGACAGAAGGCUGAAGGAGGCAUUGGAACAGGAAGAAAAGGAGAAGAGGAUAAAGGAGGCUCGUCUGAGGGAAGAAAAUGAGAAGAAGCAGAGAGAGGCUUAUGAAAAACAAGAGGAGGAAAAGAGAUUAAGAGCAGUGCUUGAGCAGGAAGAAAAUGAGAGGAGACUGAAAGAGGCUUUGGUGAAGGAGGAGAAUGAUAGGAGACUGAAAGAGAUUCAUGAAAAGGAAGAGUUUGAGAGGAGACUAAGAGAGGCUGCUGAUAGGGAGGAGAAUGAGAGGAGACAAAGAAAAGUUCGGGAAAGAGAAGAAAAUGAGAAGAGACUAAAAGAAACUCUUGAGAAGGAAGAGGAUGAGAAGAGAUUACGAGAGAAUGAAGGGAGGCUGAGAGAGGCUCAUCAAAGAGAAGAGAAUGAGAAAAGAGUGAAAGAAGCUCUUGAGCAUGAAAAUAAGAAAAAGCAGAAAGAGCUUAAUGAAAGAGAAGGAAUUGAGAAGAAAUGUAAACAGGUGUUUGGAAAUGAAGGGAUUGAAGAGUCUCUAGAACGAGAAGCAACUGAAAAGCGACUAGAAGAGACAAAUGAACAAGAAGAAAGUGGUAAGUUAAGAGAGACUCCAGAGGGACAAGAAAGUGAACUAGGAACAUGCAAGUCAGAAGAAACUGGGGAUGCAUCCCAAGAGACCAGCAACUUGGAAAACAAUGAGGUGAAGCAUAAGGAUGACUCAGAGAAUGAUAAACUAUGGAUUCUAAAUGAUAUGGGAGAGAACUGCAGGGUGAUGAAGCAGGCAUGUAAGCUGAAUGGCAAUAGGGACCUUGGAUCAACUAGAUUAACUGGCAAACAUGAGGGGAAGAAUGGAAAACAAGAAGUGACAGGGGAGAUUGCUCAUGAAGAACUUGGCAAGGUACCUCCAGGGCUGAAAAUUGGCGAAAAGGAAGCAGCGGUUGAAAUAGUUAAUUUGCAGGUUAAUGGAAAAACAAAAGUGUCUGGCGUGGCUCAAGGCAGCUUAGAACAUGAAAAGCAUCAAUCCGUUGUCGAAGAUGAUGCAGUGUUCGUUUAUGGUGAUGAAAGGAUGAGGAAAGCAGGGGAAGCUGGAAAUGGCACUGGACAAAAGAGCUUAGAGAAAACUAAGAAAGCCUCCCAAAUAGAAUCUGAUAUUGCAAAUCAAGGGAAGGAAUUUCCUCAGGAUAGGGGUGACAGAAGAAAGAAUAUCCCUCAGGCAGUUGCUAUGAAUCAUGAAGGCAGAAAGGACAAUUUCAUGUCAAACGGAGCAGUGAAAAAAUCAGUUGAGACUGGAAGGAAAAUAGAAGCCGCUCAGCCAGCUAAUUUAGAAGCACAAGGAAGCACCAUGGGAUCGACUCAGCAGUUAGAUAUAAGUGAAAGAAAAAUGAAGAAUCUCAAUAAGACCCGUUCAUCAGAAGAAAAAGAAGCUGAAAGGAUGAGAAGAGAAAAGGAGUUGGAAAUGGAACAUCUUAGAAAGCUAGAAGAAGAGAGGGAGAGGGAAAGAGAGAGAGAAAAGGACAGAAUGGCUGUUGACAGAGCAGCACUUGAAGCUCGUGAAAGGGUACAUACUGAAGCUCGUGAUAGGGCAGAACGGGCUGCUGUGGAAAGAGCAAUAACUGAGGCCCGUGAAAGGCUAGAGAAGGCCUGUGCGGAGGCCAGGGAGAAGUCAUUAGCUGAUAAUAGAACAUCUUUAGAGGUCAGGCUCAGGGAACGUGCUGCGGUAGAGAGAGCUACUGCAGAGGUUCGAGAGCGUGCUUUUGGAAAAGUAAUGUCUGAAAGGACCGCUUUUGAGGCAAGAGAACGAUUUGAAAGAUCUGUCUCAGAUAAAUUCUCUGCUUCUUCCAGGAAUGGCGGAAUGGGACCUAGCUCUUCAUCCUCAGUGUAUAAUGGUUCCUACCAUAUGGAGAGAUCUGAAGGGGUGGAAGGUGAGUCACCUCAAAGGUGUAAAGCAAGAUUAGAAAGGCAUAGGCGAACUGCUGAACGUGCGGCAAAAGCUCUAGCAGAGAAAAAUAUGCGGGAUCUUCUUGCUCAGAGAGAACAAGCAGAGAGAAAUAGAUUAGCAGAAACUCUUGAUGCGGAUGUCAAGAGGUGGUCAAGUGGGAAAGAAGGAAACUUGCGUGCAUUGCUUUCAACUUUGCAAUAUAUCCUUGGGUCUGAUAGUGGCUGGCAGCCGAUUCCAUUGACUGAAGUCAUAACUUCAGCAGCUGUAAAGAGAGCUUACAGGAAAGCCACUCUUUGUGUUCAUCCUGACAAAUUACAACAACGAGGUGCAAGUAUUCAGCAGAAGUACAUAUGUGAGAAGGUCUUUGAUCUUCUGAAGGUUAGAAUUACUCUUCUUCACUCAUCCCCAUUUGUUGAGGAAGCUUGGAACAAGUUCAACUCGGAAGAGCUAGACUACUCAUUUUGUAAAUACAUUCGCCUCGUAGUUGACUAUACAUUCUUUGCUCUGCUUUGUCAUAAAAAAACCUCUCCUGUUCUUUCGUAUUUGAUGUCUCAAAAACCCCAGUUACUGUCCGAUUGUUAUCGUUUUAUUCGUUACCUCAACUUCUCCGCCAAAAUAUCCAUUAAUGGUAAUUCAAAAACCACUUUUGUAAUAGAACUUCAGAACCGUUAUGUCCAUACCGACAACCUGUUCGAUGAAUUGCCUCACAGAGACCUCUACUCCCUCAACGCUCAACUCGCUUCAUGUUCUCGUGAUGGAAACUUUCUUGCCACAUGGGCUCUCUUCUUUCGCAUUCGUUCUGCAUUUCAUGAGCUUGAUGCUUACACUUUCACGCCGGUUCUCCGUGCAUGCUCGGCUUUGCCUGGCACGGAGCGUGGCAAACAAGUCCAUGCUUUAAUGAUUAAAACUGGAACGGAUUUGGGAACUAUAGCAAAAACUGCAGUAAUGGACAUGUAUUCAAAAUAUGGGUGCUUGGGUGAGUCAGUUAAGGUCUUCGAAGAAAUGGAAUACCGGGACGUUGUGACUUGGAAUGCUUUGGUUUCGAGUUUUUUACGGCAUGGUCUUGCUAAGGAAGCGCUUGGUGCUUUUAGAGCAAUGAGGAGGGAGAGAGUGGAGAUAACUGAGUUUACAUUGUGUUCUGUGCUCAAAGCUUGUGCCUUUAUUAAGGCGUUUCAACAAGGCAAGCAAGUUCAUGGAUUGGUGAUUGUGAUGGGCCGGGAUUUGGUGGUUUUAGGUACUGCUCUUAUUGAUUUUUACUCUACUGUGUCGUAUGUUAGUGAAGCUGUGAAAGUUUUUUCUUGUCUGAGUUGGAGAAAAGAUGAGGUCAUGCGCAAUUCUUUGAUUGCUGGGUGUGUCAAGAAUAGAAGAUAUGAGGACGCGUUUUUGGUGAUGAGUACUAUGAGACCAAAUGCAGUUGCACUUACUAGUGCUCUUUCUGCUUGCUCUGAGAAUUCAAAUUUGUGGAUUGGGAUGCAGAUUCAUUGCGUGGCACUGCGUUUUGGAUUUAUUGCAGAUACUCAAUUGUGCAAUGUGUUAUUAGACAUGUAUGCAAAAUGUGGGAGAAUUUCGAAAUCUAGAUUAUUAUUUGAUGGGAUCUGUCAUAAAACUGUUGUUUCUUGCACUAGCAUGAUAGAUGCGUAUGGAAGGCACGGUCAUGGACAUGAAGCGCUCGAGCUGUUUAAGAAGAUGGGGGAGGAAGGAAGUAGACUCUUGCCAAAUUCUGUGACACUUCUUGCUGUUUUAUCAGCUUGUGGGCAUUCAGGAUUAGUCAAAGAAGGCCAAGAAAUUUUUAAUAUUGCGAGGGAGAAAUUUGGUUUGGAUCCAAAUCAGGAGCAUUAUUCCUGCUUCAUAGAUAUCUUAGGCCGUGCUGGCCUAAUAGAAGAUGCAUGGUGCCUGUUUCAUGAUAUGGUUAAAAAUGGUAUAAGGCCUACAGCUGCAGUGUGGGCAACACUACUGAAUGCUUGUAGUCUUAACCUGGAUGUGUUUAGGGGUGAGUUUGCUGCAAAGAAUCUCUUGGAAUUAGAACCAAAUAAUCCUGGGAUAAAUGUGCUGCUUUCAAAUUUCUAUGCAUCCAUUGGUAGGUGGGAUGAUGUAGAGAGCUUGAGAAGCAAUAUGAGGGAGAAAGGACUGGCUAAAGAAGAAGGAAGUAGCUGGUUAAACUUUGCACGGAAUUGCCACUUAACAACAAAUUAG